AUGAUUCGUGGCGGAGUUGCAGCGAUUACUUCCACAGCUAAGAGUCUACAUAGUAAAGCCCACCCCGGGGCGGCUGGAGAUGAUGUGAACAAGCCUCCAGUCUCAGACAAGUCUCCAGCCGUGAAGGAGGUUCCGGUCGUGAACAAGCUUCCGGCCAUGACCGAGUCCCCAGUUGUCCAAGUUUCCGAGCUGACUACCCAUUCUUCAUCGGACAUAUCUGGGGACCAAGCUGGGAAAACACCAGGCCAGACUCAACGGCGCUCGCCGGGCCCUCUUGCCUCUGACAGCAAGAAAGCUGCCCCAGAUGCAGAUCCUGACAUCUCACUCGACGCCGCUUUGCAUGGAAAGACCAUGUCUCUCAGAAGCACAUCGGGUUCAUCCCCGCAACCUCCAGUGCCUCUUGCCGAUCCUGCCAGGCAGCACCUCGAAAAUGGCAACGGAAGCAAGCAUGGCGGUGAGGAUGUUGUCCCUGAUUCGCCUAUCACGGCUACUACCGGACAAAUCUCUAGGCAGCUUCCCAAGCAACGCGGGAUCAUGCGUAUGAGCUCCACCUCGUCCAGUAUUCUCGGACUGCGAUCCCUGUCCACCGAGACCAGCGCGACCACCAUUGUCGGCCGCAUGGCCACCAGCACCAAUAUCACGGCACUCCGCGCUCUUCCCCUCGAGGAGCGUCUGAAUAAGGCGCGCUCUUGCCUCAAAGAGUUGCAGUGCGCCUGUGGACUACAUGUACACUCCGAUCGGGCAGACGUGCAGCGCGUCUUAGACUUGAUCGACAAGAUACGCAUGCGCCAGGUACCUCGACAAUGGAGCCCACUGGAUCGGAAGCUCAAGCUUAUCCAGUCCUCGGCUGAGCGCAUCGCAGGCUUCGCAGCCCUGGUCAGGAAUCAUGGAGCCUCCGAUUCUGAGGGAGUGGCCGCCAUGCUCGUCUCGUGCUGCGAGGUGGCGCUGCAGGGAGAGCCGGUUCUGUCCCCGUUGUUGCUUGACCCGCUGCUGUCCAUCCUCCACAGAGUUGGUGCUAUUUUACAACAUGUCAAGCUGUCUGUGCCGACAGAGUCCGACAAGUUCUCGUCUUUGUCCUCUCAGAAGCUGUAUACAGCCUUGGCCAAGAUGACGCAGGCUCUGCAGCGCAUCUGUGCCUCCUUUGUCGAGAUGCUCGAUCAACUCAGGGAGACUGGCAAGUCCUUAAGUCUCGCUGUGUUCACUUACCAGGUCAACAAAUACUUCGAAGCCGACAUUUCCAGUCUGAAUGAAGCUUCUGGCGAAGUCUGUCAGCAGGUGUGGCAGCUUACCUACAAGGACUCCACCGUGGAGUAUUCCCAUGGCCGUGUUGUGGACUGGCUAGAUGAUCAGAUUGACUACGUCGCCGCCCACGGUCGGCCUGGGAACCGCUAUGGCUUCUCCCGAGACCUCCCGGUCGGUGAUAGUGCAACCCCGUUCGUCUUUGAUUUCGUCGAGUCCCUGGUUCUCAAGUUCUUCAAAACCCCCAAGAGAAUACUCAUCGUCACGGGCGAGCUUGGAUACGGAGAGCAGGAGUUGACCGCCAAUCUUCUCGAGCGCCUGCAACUGACUCUCGCAGUGGACUCGAAGCUUCUGCGUGGAACAUUUGGAUCUUCUCAAGGCCCCACAUCAGGAACAGUGGCCUUCCUCAAGUCGUUGCUACGACAGCUGCUUGACCAGUCAGUCGGUAAUACUAGCUUUGUAUCCGCCAUAUACCAGCUUGCAAAGAAGACCGUGGGCGACCUUAUGGGCGUUCGUACGGAGGACCGUCUCUGGGAGCUGCUCACUGAGGAGUGUUCCAAGGCGAAGGGUGACGUAGUUCUUGUCGUCGACGGAGUAGCUGCCUCUGAGAGUACCAACUCCGGCGUUUCCCUGCUCACCAAGCUCCAAGAACUCACUUCCAAAUGCCGCCAUGUUCGGGUUUUGGCUCUGGCCACCCCCACCGCGGCACACGCCUUGACUGGCGUCGAGAUCUACACUAUUACCCAUGACGUCGUCUGCCGCAACGCCCGUCAGUUUCUGGUGAACGCCAUCGAAGGGUCGGCCAGCCUCUCUAUCCUCUCGACACGCAUCCGAAAAGACCUUCUACAGUACAUCGCGGACAAGCAGUGGACCUCGCUGGUCGAGGCCAAGUUGACGCUACGCCUCCUUGAGUCGCAGAAGGACGUCACCCACAUGCCCGACAUCAUUCGCGAGACGCCCAAGACGUCCCAAGGCAUGCUUGACUAUCUGAUCCUCAAGAUCGACUACAAGGACCGGGAGAUGCAAACGCUGCUCUCAUGGCUGCUAGUGGGCAAGCGACCUGUGGACGUGUUGGAGUUCGAGAAGCAGUCCUCCCUCUCGCUAAGCAACUGGCUGCGUCGCAUCAGGUCCGGUCGCGCUGUCAGCUCUAAUUCGUACUUGUCCGGCGUCCUGACCAUUCGCAAUGGAUGUCUUGAGUUCGUCGACUCACAAGUCAAAGCCAGGAUGCAGUACUUGUCGCUCCACGGGAAGAUCCCUCUCUCUCUGCACGAAUGCCACCGUCAGGUGGCGCUAGCUUGUCUGCGACACGCUCGCGACACCCUUGCGAAGACCAAGGUCGUCGAUGUUCAUUUCCAGGAUCCCGCACGAACAAAGUGGGCAUCGAUAUCGGCGUACGCAGACUUCGAUUCCAUGUUUGUGUAUGCUGUCAGGUACUGGCAUGAACACUAUGAGAAGUCAUUGACGUCCUCGGAGAAGAUCACUGGCUGUGUCCCGCCUGACGUUGCUUCGCUCCUGCCCGACUCUGUUCUCAUGACGUUCGCAGAGUGGAACUUCCUGCGGGUAGAAUACACCGAUGCCGUUGCGCUAGAGAUGGCUAUUUUGCAACUGCUUGCUCUGCGCAAGUCUGUCUUCGGACCCAAGAGUCCGUCUGUGAUCCAGACUAAUAUUCUCCUGGCGCACUGUGACAAUUCUGUCGUCAUGGAGAGGCUCAUGGAAGCCUUUGAGGGGGUUAUUGCCACCUACGGCGAGCCCAGUCCCCAGGCCACGUCUGGAGCCAAGUACAUCUUCACUCUGGUCAAGCUUCACAAAGUCACCCCUCAUCGGGAAUCCAGAGUCCUCAAGUACCUCUGGGGAGUCUAUCGCCUCGAGCUCGGCGAGAGCCAUGAAGAGACCUUGAAUGUGGCACUAGCGUUGGCUUCCCUGUACAAGACGGAGCUGGCAAUCACAGAAGCUUCGGAAGUUCUGCUCGAUAGCUACAAGGCCUGCUCCCGCACCAAGGGGCUGUUUGCGGCCAGGACGCUCGAGAUCUUCCAGCUUCUCAUCGACAGCCUCGAACAGUCCGACAGGAUGACCGAUGCCCAGCAGGUUUGUCAGGACCUCUUCGACACGGCUCAGGCGCUGGAGACUUGGAAUGAGACUGUUUUGGAAGCGGUCAUGCGCAUCGUCCCUCACUAUCAGGAGAGGGGCAUGUCUGACAUCUCCACGGCGAAGCUCAGGCAGCUGUGGCGCCUACUCUUGGGACAAUUCAAGAAGCACGGCAUCAGCGGCUACAGUAGUGCUCAGAGCGAUCUGUUUGAAUCUUUGACGUCUACCACCCUGAAACUCUCCCUCCAGCUUCGAGACCUGGCUCUGGACGCCGAGCUCACCGAGGUGAUUCCAGAAUACUGGGUCCUGGCUGCCAAGUACCUUGCAUCGGACAGGAAAACCAGCGCAAGAGUACUGAUGCAGCUCCGCGAGAUGUCUCAAAUCCUGCUGAGGUUCGACAAGCACAAGGAGGCACUUGCCAUUCUCCGCGUGCUGUACGAUAUCCAUCAGACACAUACUGUCCGUGACCACUCUCACGAAGAGAUGCUUGCAGUGUACACCACACUUAUCGGCUGCUACAAAGGCAUAGAUAACCCACUUGAAGACUUCCGGUGGCUCAACAUCCUGGAUAGCAUCUUAGCCGCCAAACAAGGGAUCACCGCCGAGACUGUCCUGGUUUGCACAGACCUCGCCACCCUGCACCGCUCCAGAUCUCAGCAUACUGCUGCUAUCAAGAUCUGCCACAAGGUUCUUACUAAGCUCUGGCCGGCAGUUCUGAAAGGCCAAAAGACUGGCAACGAGGACUUGCGUCUUCCUGACAGUUUUUGUGGCGAAUGCGUGCGAAUGGUGGUCAUCACGGCCCAGAUGUACAAGCUGACUGGCGAUGAAAAGCGGUCCAAAGAGCUGGUCAACUUAGUUGUCGGUUGCUGCAGGCGCCGCGUUCUCCCACCCGACACAGUGAGUGAAACCAUUGCUGCCUCCCUCUCGUCCGCACUGGAAGAAGCUGGGAUGCACUCGGAAGCUCUACUGUUCUGGAGAUCCCUGCUUUCAGAAUGCUGGGAAAGCCUGGGACGCUCUCACCGCUUCACCAUCCGGGUGGCCAGUGUCAUCGCACGACUCAGUCUACUGCUUGCUGAGGAAGAUGGCUAUGAUGAUUGCGACGAUCACCUUUACGAGGACGUCCUGGAACUGGAGCCGGAUGAGAAUGAUCUACACUCCAUCCUUAUACUCAUCGAGGCCCUGUUUGCGCUCUGCAAGCGUCAUGGUGAGAAGGAUCGCCAAGCAGAUGUGUUGAAGUGGUACGAGCGCCUGUGGUCAUAUUACUUUGACCUCCGCAACGAGCUGACCCUGGACACGACUCGCGGCUUCGAGAUCUUCCAGGGUUACUGCUCCACUCUGAUCGCCAUGAAGAACCUCUCCGUGGCCGUGCGGCUGGCCAGGAAGCUAAGGGCAGCCUACCUGACUGACUUUGGGCGGGAGGACAUCUGGACUCUCAAAGUUUCCCUCGAGUUGGCAGCGCUCCUCGAGACGGACAAGUCCACCAUCAGGGAAGCAGCAAAACUGUACGACGAGACCAAGGAAACAUGCCUCGGUAUUUCGGAGCCCGCCGAGGCCAUCCUGUUGAUCCUCACUGUUGCCCAGGAGCGGCUCAGUGUAUUGGUAUCUACUGAACCUGCGAUGCACGACCGGGCCGAGCAGAUUCUGGUGAAGGGGUGGAGUCAGGCUCACGAGAGGUACGGAUACUCGCACGAGCAGUCGAUGACCGGCAUUCAGAAGCUUCUCGACUUCUGUAUCUCCUUGAAGACUGCCAACUCUCUCACCGUCGCUACGGACGCCCUACAGGAGGCGGUGCUCGGCGUCCUUGGGGAGGGAAAUGGUCCGCAGAAGCUCUUCAGGCUCUCCUAUGCUUUUGUGUCCAUGUACCAGUCGGUCGGCCUCACUUACCGCGAGUUGACCUUCCUACUGCCUGUCCGCACAGGAAUUUACGGGUCAGAGGCCGAGGAGACCAGAGUUCAAGCACUCUGUGAUCGUCGCGGCCUCGUCAUGGUAUAUGCCAUGGAAGCACUUUUCCGAGGUGACCACGAUGGUGGCCUCUUCGAAGAAGUCCUCACGCGAGUCCUCACCGAAACGGCGCUCUACGAGGCGUGGCUCCGGGCUUGCCUCGGGUCUGUGGGUCUCGACGAUCUGCUCACUUCUGGUACCCGCCUGAUGGAGCAUCUCGAGUGCCACGGCCAGCAUACCGAGGCCAUCAAGGUCGAGAGCGAAGCCUGGACUUUGUUCUGCAAGCUCCUCGGCAAGCCAAACCAGGAGAGUGGCUCCAUGUACAAAUUAUUUCAGGCCAUUUUCGAUACCUGCAAGACGCAGAUAGCGCCUCUCUCGCUCCUCGAAUCUAUCUUGGUCAUCGUGGAGGAGCUAGCAGCCUCUCGCAACCACAAUGCCUGUAUUGUCUUAUGUCGAUGGAUUCAUAAGAAUACGCAGAGCUUCUGUAAGCGCGGCGGUGACAGUGCUCUUGCACUGGUUCUCUUCAAGCUUUCUACGCUCCUGUACACUUGCGUUGAAGUAGAGACAUCCAAGGACCUAAGCGCCAGCGUCGAGGAGCUUGCUACAAUGCUUGGCGUCUCAGCGAUCACGUACACCGAGGACCUCAGCGUCGUCAGCAUCAACCACGUCUCCCUCGUACUGAAUAUCGCUGGCAGGCAGAAAGACUACAGGACUCUCAAGGUAAGCUCAAAGUCUCAGUUCAGGGAACAAACUAGAAUCCUAAACCUGUUAUGGACAUCCCGCAACGGUCAUGAGUUCCGAUUUAGUGCCGCCGCCACGAUCGCCAUCGGCAAGCGCCUGGCAGAGGUCGACUUCGUGUGCGGCGAAUACAGCACGGCAUUCAGUCUGCUCGAGGACAUCUCGUAUAACCUAAAGGACGUCUAUGGCGUCAACCAUCCCGAAUCACUGUCUUGCCAGGCGUUGCUAGCGGCGAUGCACGAGAGCCUCGGCCACUGCAACGCUGCAAUCGACAUCCGCUUCGCCAUGCUCAGAGAUGCGCUGUUCGGACAACAGGUAGAACAGCUGAGGCAGGUGCAAGCCGGUGGUCUGCUCGACGACAACAUCACCAUUUACAUGCGCCAACUGCGCUCUUUGAGGUACGACUAUGCUAUGCUCACCGAGAGACAGGAGGACGAUGGAUAUGCAACCCACCAUCUGGAGCAGAGCAAGGAGACCCUGAGUGAGAUCCUCAAAGCGGUGAGAAAAUUGAUGGGAGACCGCAAUAAUGGCCUCCAGCCUGAGGCUGUGCUUGACAUUUCGACCUGGGAGACGGCUCUGCACGGUGAUGAGGCAGCCGGCGAUAAGGCUGAAUCUUGGUCUGAGCCCAAGGACUGGACCGUGGAGAUGGAGAUGGAUGAGAUUGACUGUGAUAGUGCGUGGUCUGUUUCUGAUUCUUAA